AUGAAACGCUAUAACUGGACCUCUGAAACUCCAUCAUCUGAACUAGCUAAAUAUAUAGAGGAAAUUAACAAAAAUCAACAUGGGAUUACUUCGAGUAAAUUGAGAAAGAUAGGUACAGACCAUGCUAGCAGGAUCUAUGGAAGUAGAAACGAUUCUCAUCACCAAUAUUUACGAAAAUUGGCUUGCAGACAAAUAGUAAGUCAUUAUGAAUCAGUAGAAAGUUACAGCGUAAUGAACGACCCACCUUCUUGUAAUUGUUCAAAGGAAUACCAGAGUAGUGUUCCCAAGCAAUCUGUGAACAGACAUGAAGAAGUGGAAAAUUUCAAAAAUAGUAUAGGAUUUAGUAAUAGGGUAUUAGAACUGAUAGCAGGAUUAUAUCCAAAUCUGAAGUAUCUCAAUUUAUGCGAUGAUCAAUCGGGUGAUUAUAUAAGCUUUUGUGUUCGAGAAGUAGAGUAUCUAGGUCUAUGGAAAAUUGCACAGUCAUGCCAUAAAUUAGAAUAUCUAAAUAUUUCUCACCGCACUGAGUUUACCGAAAUAUCAAUUUGUAAUAUUAUUCAUUCUUGUCCAGACCUCCAGCAUCUUAACCUUACCUUUUGUGAAAUUACUAAUAUAACUAUCGAAGAAAUUGCUAGAUCAUAUAUCCAUAUCAAAAAUUUCAAUGAUCUAAAAAACCCUAGUCUUAUUACCGCAUUCAGUGAUUAUCUUAGACAUGCUGAUACUGCCCAUCAGAAUUUAGCAUGGUCCCUUUUAGCUAAUGCUUUAAAUUCAAACGGAGUUGAAAUUGGACAACAAGCCAGAAUUUUUCAUCAGAAUUUGGCCCAGGCUUUACAUCAGAUUCAGGUAUCCUCCAAACGUAUUAUCCUAAUAAAUGCCAGUUUAGAGCAGCGAAUGCCCACACUUUCAAUCAAAG